UUGACGGAAAAGACUCUAGUCAAUGGACUUGCUGACAAAGACCAUUGACCAGUAAAUGCAUUGACUAUAAAAGCGUUUAUCAUUGUAUUUGAAUAAUUGUUUUUUUUCACUAUCAACAAAUUGGCUAUUCUAAUUGUGAUAAUGGUUGUUAACAUCAUCACUAUUAUCAUUAUCGUUAUUAAAUAUCUUUUCAAUGUUAAAAGUUAAUUUAGCUGUAAACUAUUAAGCUGGUUUCUUCUGAAUAUUGACAUAUAAACGUAUCCAAGUCAAUGUACUGUUAGGUUGAGUUGUAAGGGUUAAAUUGUGAGGUUAAUAAAUUGAUUUUGGUCGUUGGCAAAGUGUUGAUUGUAGAUGUUGAUUAAAGUGAAUGUUGGAUUUGUAAUGGAGUCUGGUUAAGCAAUGGAGAAACCUGUAAGUUGGAGUGAUCAGGAUCAAGAAUAUGCGUUUUUUGAUGGUUUGCCCAAAAGGUAAAGAAUCGAGUAUUAAUACAUUUAACUGAUCCAUAAGUUAAUCAAGCAAAUCAAUUGACAAUUCAUCUCAUUGAACCUGCAACCCAGUAAAGAUCAUCACCAUUUUCAAUUUGGAUUGUGAAUGUGAACACACUUUUGGUCAAAAUAGCUGUUAAAAUGUCCAUUUACGUUAGCGUUAUGAAAAUGUUUACUUCAAAUGUUUACUACUUUGUUGUCUUCAAUUGUAUCCAGUUAAGUCAAUUAACAAGUGUUAGUAAAGGAAACAUUGUAUUCACAGGAGCAUCAGCACAGCAACAAUCGAUUCCGAUUCCAAUUCCGAUUCCUAUUCCAAUUCCAUUUUUACACAAUACAAUGGGUUUACCAGUUCCACCUCAUCCUCAAUCAGCUCCACUUCGUAAUCAUUUCAUUGAAAUGUCACCAAGAUCCCAUUAUCAACAGCCUGACCAGAUGAUGCCACCCUACCAUGGUUUACCGAUGGAAAGAUCAGCGUCUCAUCAAUCAGAUUAUUUUCCAAUCAAAAUUGUUGUUCUUCCAAUAAUAGCCAAUCUUGAUGAUAAUCGUUGGAACAAUCAAGGUACCUUUCCAUCAAAUCAACAGGAUCAACAGGAUCAAUUGGAUGAUGCAUUGAUCAGGCAACACCAGCAAACAAAUUCACCAAGACCUUGUGGCUUAAUACUGCCUUGGCAGUGAUAUUAAUGAUGGAGGUUUAAGAAUCAAAAAAAUCUGGAUCUGUCUAUGAACAAAAUCAAGAUAUUAUUAAAACGCAAGAUUACAGAUUUUCAAAAUUUCUCAAUUUUCAAUCAAUCAAUUAUUGCUACAAGAACGGGA